AUGGGAGUGGCGGGGCACCUGUCGGUGUACGAUUGCGUUAUCUCAGACGCGGCGCAACACACGCCGUCGGCGGCGACAUUGAAGUUCCGCCCACACUUAGCUAACCAUCAAUCAUGCCAAAGCGAUCCCGCCGGGCUCGGAGUGAUCCCCGAAAAGAAGCCUACGCGAGGGUCUAUUAUGGAGAGCAGAUGUUGCCGCGUAGUCGAUUCUGCGCCGUAUUGCGAUCGCACGAGCGCCGCGCUCGGGGCCGAGCGGGAUGGAGGA